AUGUCUACAUGUCCAUUCCAACAGCAUAUCUUGACCAUCACCUUAACCUUGGCAUUGAUUUUUGCUUGCGUUGGAUAUAACAAUGCCGUAGUAGAUUACAAUGAUUACAUCACCCCCCUUUGUUGCACGGGCAACGAUGAGAGCAUGCAGUGUCGAGCAACCACGUCACCGCGCGCUUGGUGGUCCCAGGGCAACGACUGCACGGGACCCAUUAUCAGCGAUGUGGCGUGCAAGGACGGACGUCUCGCCGGCUACAGUACCAACUCAGACGGUUCCGCUUCAUGGGUCACCCGAAAUGUACUGGCUCAGCGUUUUGGACAAACCGUCACCUGUUAUCUGGCAGACAACCAAUGCUACAAUGGCCAGCUCAGGUGCCGAGUGCCAGACUACUGUGGAGGCAGUAGCGGACUGCUUGCCGACUCCAAAGCUGCUACCAAGGGCGGCCAAGGUGGCCAAGUUGGUACGUUAUCUGGAGACAACAAGAAAGCACAGAAAGCGACAGUACGCCCCACAAAGACCGUCCAGUAG